ACGAGGACAACGGGCGGUUCCUGCUGCUGGCCGCCCUCAUCGCGGCGUACCUGAGCGCCGGCGCCACCGUCUUCUCGGCCCUCGAGAGCCCGUCGGAGGCGGCGGCGCAGCUCCGUUGGAACCGGACCCUCCACAACUUCAGCCGCAUCUUCAACAUCAGCCUGCCGGAGCUGCGCGCCUUCCUGCGGAGCUACGAGGCGGCCAUGGCCGCCGGCAUCCGCGUCGACGCCCUGCGGCCCCGCUGGGACUUCCCCGGCGCCUUCUACUUCGUGGGCACCGUCGUCUCCACCAUAGGUUUUGGGAUGACCACACCAGCAACCGUGGCUGGAAAAGUAUUCCUCAUCGUUUACGGCCUUUUUGGGUGUGCCGGGACUAUCCUGUUCUUCAACCUCUUCUUGGAGCGCAUUAUCUCUCUCCUGGCGUUUAUCAUGAAGGCGUGCCACGAGAGACAGCUGAGAAGAAGUGGUCUCCUACCUCCCAACUUCCGCAAGGGGCCAGCCAUGGCGGGGGUGGGCAGCCUGGUGGGGUGGAAGCCGUCCGUUUACCACGUGAUGCUGAUUCUGGGAAUUUUUGCUAUUACCCUUUCCUGCUGCGCCUCCGCGAUGUACACGGCGGUGGAAGGCUGGAACUACGUGGACUCCUUGUACUAUUGCUUUGUCACCUUCAGCACCAUCGGCUUCGGAGAUUUGGUAAGCAGCCAAAAUGCUGCCUACCAAAAUCAGGGAUUAUACAGAUUCGGGAACUUCAUCUUUAUAUUAAUGGGGGUAUGUUGCAUAUACUCUCUUUUUAAUGUCAUCUCAAUCGUCAUCAAGCAAGUUUUGAACUGGGUGUUGAAAAAAUUUGAAUGCAGAUGUUGCCCAAAGUGCCAUAAAUCAAGUGCCCGCCUGGGACGUCGCAACGCCAUCACCCCGGGAGCCCGCCUGCGCCGGCAGAACAUCUCGCUGGACGCUGAUGGACAGUACGACAGCGACACCGAGGGGAGGAGGCUCUCUGGAGAGAUGAUCUCCAUGAGGGAGCUCACGGCAUCCAAUAAAGUCUCCCUGGCCAUUUUGCAAAAGCAGUUGUCGGAGACGGCCAACGGCUACCCCAGGAACGUUUGUAUCAAUACGAGACAAAACGGUUUCUCCGCAGGGGUGGGUGCUCUUGCCAUCAUGAACAACCGCUUGGCAGAAACGAGUGAUUCUAGACAGAGCAGAUACCUGCAAUACCCAGACACAGGCUGAAGCACAAGAAAUCAGAAGGAAACUGGAGGAACAGAGUGGGACAGUGAAAGCACACUGCACUAGAUUGCACUUUCUUUUCAGGUAACUUGGGAGUUGUAUUACAUUCUUGAAAUUUUUUUUUUAUUAUUUUUUUUUAAUUUUUCCCAGGUUUUAUUUUUGGACAGCCUUGAAAGCAUGUAAUUGAUUUAGGAUUUAAAAGUUCAUCUUCCCUGAUG